AUGCCAGCAUCACUUCAUAUCCGGGUACAGCCUAUGGUCUACCUUUUUAAAUCAGCGAGCAACCUUCCUCUCCCAUCUUCCCCUCCUACUUGGAGACUUGGGGGACACUUCCUUCCACAUCGCAAACCAUUUCUCGUCAUAGCGAGAUGGAUUGAUGAGUACGGUCCUGUGAUCACCAUUCGAUCAGGAUUUGAGAAGAUUGUUUAUAUCGGGCGUUACAAAGCCGCCGUGGAUAUCAUGGAGCAUCAGGGUAAAUCAGUAGCCGAUCGUCCUCCAUGGAUUUCCUUGGGGAUAGCUAGCGGCGGAAUGGGCUUCGGAAGUGCACCCUUUGGGGACAGGUUAAAUCGGAUGCGUAGAGCACUUCAUUCGCAUCUCCAGCCUAAAGCAGCUGAGGCCUAUCAGCCCCUGCAGAUGUCGCACGUGAAGAACAUAGUUAUUGGCAUUCUCGAUGAUCCACAUAACCUCCAGCGCCAUGUGGUAACCUAUGCUGCGACGACAAUUAUGAAAGUUGCGUACGGGAAGAAUACGCCUACAUUUGCGACUGAUCCCGAAAUGGUUGAAGUUAAUCAAUUCCUUAAGAUGGCUCGUGCACUUCAGCGUCCUGGUGCUUACCUGGUGGAUUCGAUCCCGUGGCUCAAAUAUUUUCCUUGGUAUGGCCCGGACUUGAAACUGAAUUUCGAAAGGAGCAAGAAACUCCACACUAGUGAUCUAAACCGCGUGAAAGAGCAAAUGCGUAAUAACGAGGACAUUGGGCCUUCGUUCACGAAAUAUAUGCUAGAAAAUAGCCAUCUCUAUGGUUUCACAGAGACUGAAAUGGCCUUUCUUGCUGGUGUCUUUCUGCAAGCUGGAUCACAAACGGUGAGGUGUUACCUUGUUGUCUCCGAAGACAUCCGCAUGUUUCCCGAGGAGCAAGCUAAAGUUCAGGCUGAGUUCGACGCGAUCAUUGGAAGGCACCGAGCACCGACCUUCGCCGACCAAAAUUCCCUUCCUCGCUUGCAAGCAUUCAUCUCUGAGGCUUUGAGAUGGAGACCUCCAGUUCCAGACGCAUUGGCUCACCGAACAAUCAAAGACGUGAUUUGGGAAAACUAUUGUAUUCCAGCUGGGACCACGGUAUACGGCAAUGUUUGGUCCAUCUCUCAAGAUCCGGAUGUCUUCCCGGAGCCUGACGCGUUCAAACCUCAGCGCUGGAUUGAUGGCCAAGGUAACCUGAGAGACGAUAUAAAAUUGUUUGUCUUCGGAUUUGGUCGGCGCGUAUGCCCUGGUCAACAUGUCGCGAACAGAUCGGUGUUCAUAACUGCUCUCCUUGUUCUUUGGGUCUUCAGGCUCAUUCUGGAUCCUACGAAGCCAUUAGAGGACAUGGGGUUCAUGGGCGGGUCAAUGCUAGAUUCCCGACCGUGCGAAUUUGAGUUUGAGAAGAGGAUUCCAGAAAAGGAGCUCAGGCGCAUGAUGCAGGGUUAUCCUGAAGUUGCAUGA